UUACGACAUUCCUGUCAUCCAAAUGAAAGAGGACACCGCUUCCUGGUGUGGACUCAGUGAGGAGCACCGAUGAAGCGGCGACGCGGUCCAUUUCUGUGUCUCUGCGCUUCUUUCCUGCCUCUUCUGCGAACAAACUGGACAGAGAGAUGUCAGGUGUGACAGAGGAUGGGGGCUCCUUCUCCUCCAAGGUCAUCCGGAUGGUCUUUGUCAUCCUGCUGCUGGACCUGCUGGGAUUCACCCUGAUUCUACCUCUGCUGCCCUCCAUCCUGGACCACUACGCCCAAACUGGGGAUGCCACAUACCAGUCUCUGCAGAACGUGGUGGGUUGGUUCAGGGCGGCCGUUGGGAUUCCCAUGGAAAAGAAAUACAACACCGUUCUGUUUGGAGGUCUGGUCGGGUCGCUGUUUUCCCUGCUGCAGUUCUUAUCCUCACCUGUGACGGGGGUUCUGUCAGACCGCCAUGGCCGACGACCACUGCUAAUCCUGACCACUGUGGGGCUCAUAUCCUCCUACGUCGUGUGGGCCGUUUCCCGCAGCUUCAGCAUGUUCCUUUUGUUCCGUGUGAUUGGGGGCAUUUUUAAGGGCAACGUCAGCCUCUGCACCGCCGUCGUAGCCGACCUGCCUUGCCCAAAAGCACGCAACAGAGGAAUGGCGAUGAUCGGCAUCGCCUUCUCCGUGGGCUUCACGGUCGGACCGCUCAUGGGAGCUUACUUUGCCAUCGCCUCCAGAACAACAGGGAGCGUCUUCUACCAGACGCCCGCUCUGAUCGCUCUGGCGUUCAGCGUCGCCGACCUGCUCGUCAUUUGGCUGAUGCUGCCAGAAACGCUGACAAAGAAUGUCCAGGCUGCAUCUUCUGGGACCGGCGACUCCAGGGAUCUCCUCAGCCCGCUCUCUUUGUUCCAUUUCACAGCCAUCACCAGAACAAAAGAUCCGCCUUCACGGGAAAGAAUGCAGAAGCUCCAGGUGUUGGGUUUGGUUUAUUUCUCCUACCUCUUCCUGUUCUCCGGGCUUGAGUUCACCCUGAGUUUUCUGACUCACCAGCGCUUCCAGUUUACCAGCAUGCAGCAAGGAAAGAUGUUUUUCUUCAUCGGCAUCAUCAUGGCUCUAAUCCAGGGGGGAUAUGCUCGAAGAAUCAAACAGGGGCAACACAUCAGGGCUGUUAGCACGGCCAUCGUUGCCCUGAUCCCAGCAUUCAUCCUCAUUGGUUUUUCGUGGAACAUGACCAUGCUUUACAUCGGCUUGGCGUUGUACUCCUUUGCUGCUGCGGUUGUAGUUCCCUGCCUGUCAACACUCGUCUCAGACUAUGGCUCCGCCAGUCAGAAAGGCACCGUCAUGGGGAUCCUGCGGAGUUUGGGCUGCCUGGCCAGAGCCCUCGGUCCAGUUGUGUCAUCCUCUGUUUACUGGAUAGCAGGAGCUCAGGCUUGUUUUCUGCUCACGUCGGCGGCUUUCGUGAUUCCCCUCGCCCUCCUCAGCAGAGCCAGCAGACUAAAGGAGGAAUGAGCUGCCUGAAGACAGAACUCUGUUUCUGCUGCCUGGAAAUGAAUUGUAAUGUUUACAAGUUCAUGGAGUUAAAAGCACCAGUUGUUGAUUUUUAUUUUUUUGUGUCAGCAACAGUGAUAUGAAUGUAUUCCAUGCUCUCAGCCAGCAAUCCCAACACAGAACAAUUAACGCAAAUGCCAAAA